CUCCUCAAAUUAAGUUGGUGAGAGUCACCUUUUUUUGGGUCUCAAGAGCUGCAAUGGAGGGAGGGGACAAGAGAGGAAACAGAGGAGGGCUGAACAUGAGAGGAGGGGAGUGGUCGAAUGGUGGAAGAGUAGCGGUAACAGAAGGCAAACAUUAUUCCUUCAUUGUGCCUCCUCAAAGCGAGAGGACGUCAUUUCAUCCCCAAGAACAGCGGCGCCUCCUCAGAACGGGACUCGAGAUAAGUCGACCCCCCUCCCCGACAAUGGCUGUGACGAUGAUGGACUGAUAGCAGAGAGGAAGAGAAGAUGUCGUUCUUUGGUCUCAAUUGUGUCAGGAAGAAAGAGCGAGAGCUGGAGAGGAAGCUUAGGGCUAAUGACCGGGAAUACAAUCUCUCCUUUAAAUAUGCUACGAACGCCAUCAAGACCUCCAAAUACAACUUCUUCACUUUCCUACCUCUCAACCUCUUUGAGCAGUUUCAGAGGAUCGCUAAUGCCUACUUUCUGUUCCUGCUGGUGCUCCAGGUGAUUCCUGAGAUCUCCUCACUUUCCUGGUUCACCACUGUGGUGCCUCUUGUGCUGGUGCUGUCAGUCACCGCCGCCAAGGACGCCACUGAUGACAUUAAUCGCCACCGGAGUGACAAUCAAGUCAACAACAGAAGAGUCCAAGUCCUCAUCGAUGGAAAACUGAACAGCGAGAAGUGGAUGGAUGUGCAGGUGGGAGACAUUAUCAAGCUGGAAAACAACCAGUUUGUCACGGCUGACCUCCUCCUGCUGUCCAGCAGCGAACCGCUCAACCUAGUCUACAUCGAGACGGCUGAGCUGGAUGGUGAGACCAACCUGAAGGUGCGCCAGGCCUUGCCGGUGACUGGGGACCUCGGAGAUGACGUCAGCAAGCUGGCGGACUUUAAUGGCGAAGUCCUUUGCGAGCCCCCCAACAACCGGCUGGACCGCUUCACAGGGACGCUGGCCUACGCGGAGCAGAAGUACGCGCUGGACAAUGAAAAGAUCCUACUGCGAGGGUGCACCCUGAGGAACACUGAGUGGUGCUUCGGACUGGUGCUCUUUGGAGGCCCAGAGACCAAGCUGAUGCAGAACUGUGGCAAGAGCACUUUCAAGAGGACCAGUGUGGACCGUCUGAUGAACGUCCUUGUCCUCAGUAUCUUUGGCUUCCUGACGUUCAUGUGCACCAUCCUGGCCAUCGGGAACUACUGCUGGGAGCUGGGCGAGGGCUCUGCAUUCACAGUCUUCUUGCCCAGGCAGAACGGCAACAACGCCGCUUUCUCAUCCUUCCUCACUUUCUGGUCCUAUGUCAUCAUCCUCAACACUGUGGUGCCCAUUUCCCUCUAUGUCAGUGUGGAAUUCAUCCGCCUGGGCAACAGCUUCUACAUUGACUGGGACCGGAAGAUGUACCACUCUCGCAGCGACACCCCUGCCGAGGCACGCACCACCACACUGAAUGAGGAGCUGGGCCAAAUCAAGUAUGUGUUCAGUGAUAAGACGGGCACGCUGACACAAAACAUCAUGACCUUCAACAAGUGCUCCAUCAAUGGCAAGAUGUACGGUGAUGUUUUUGACUACAUGGGCCAGAGACUUGAAAUUAAUGAGCACACCGAGAUGGUGGAUUUCUCCUUCAACCCGCUGGCCGACCCCCGCUUCAUCUUCCACGAUCACGCCCUGGUGGAGGCCGUCAAGCUCGAGACCACCGAGGUGCACGCCUUCUUCCGACUGCUCUCCCUCUGCCACACCGUCAUGGCGGAGGAAAAGAAAAAAGGGGAGCUCUCAUACCAGGCCCAGUCUCCUGAUGAGGGCGCUCUGGUCACAGCUGCUAGGAACUUCGGCUUUGUCUUCCGCUCGCGGACGCCCGACACCGUCUCCAUCGUGGAAAUGGGAGAGCAGUGCACUUACAAACUCUUGGCCAUCCUGGAUUUCAACAACGUCCGCAAGAGGAUGUCCGUCAUUGUUCGGAGCCCCAAGGGUAAGCUGUCGUUGUACUGCAAAGGAGCGGACACCAUCAUCUACGAGAGGCUUCACCACUCCUGCGCCAAACUUAUGGACGUCACCACAGAGCAUCUCAAUGAGUUUGCAGGGGAAGGCCUGCGGACCCUGGCGCUAGCCUACAGAGACUUGGAUGAGGACUUUUUCCUUCAGUGGCAGCGGCGCCACCAUGAGGCCAGCACGGCGCUGGACGACCGCGAGGGCAAGCUGGAGCAGCUGUAUGAGGAGAUAGAGACAGACCUGCUGUUGCUAGGGGCAACUGCAAUAGAAGACAAGCUGCAGGACGGAGUUCCGCAAACCAUUGAGCAGCUGUCCAAAGCAGACAUCAAAAUCUGGGUUCUCACCGGUGACAAGCAAGAAACGGCGGAAAACAUUGGCUACUCGUGCAACCUGCUGCGCGAGGAGAUGAAUGACGUCUUCAUCAUUUCUGGCAACUCACCAGAGGAUGUCAGGCAGGAGUUGAGAAACGCACGCACUUCCAUGAAACCGUCAGCUGCUGAGGAUUGUGUGUUUUUGCCAGAGAGGACUCUGGGUAAAACCACAAAGACUGUCACAGAUGAACCGGUGAACGGCGAGUAUGGCCUAAUCAUCAACGGACGCAGUCUGGCAUACGCAUUGGACAGCAGUAUGGAGUGGGACUUCCUGCGCACAGCAUGCAUGUGCAAGGCAGUGAUCUGCUGUCGUGUCACACCGCUGCAGAAGGCGCAGGUAGUAGAGCUGGUGAAGACGUACAAGCGUGCCGUCACACUGGCCAUCGGUGACGGCGCCAAUGACGUGAGCAUGAUCAAAGUGGCGCACAUCGGCGUGGGCAUCUCGGGCCAGGAGGGCAUGCAGGCGGUGCUGUCCAGCGACUACUCCUUUGCCCAGUUCCGCUUCCUGCAGCGCCUCCUGCUCGUGCAUGGCCGCUGGUCCUACCUGCGCAUGUGCAAGUUCCUUCGGUACUUCUUCUACAAGAACUUCACCUUCACUUUCGUCCACUUCUGGUACGGCUUCUUCUGCGGCUUCUCCGCACAGACGGUGUAUGAUGAAUGGUUUAUAACACUGUACAAUCUGGUAUACACAGCACUACCUGUGCUGGGAAUGAGCCUCUUUGAUCAGGACGUAAAUGACGCGUGGAGCUUCCAGCACCCUCAGCUGUACGUGCCGGGGCAGCUCAACCUGUAUUUCAGCAAGACGGCCUUCUUCAAGUGUGCCCUGCACAGCUGCUACAGCUCCCUGGUGCUCUUCUUCAUCCCAUACGCUGCAGUCAGCCAGGCGGCGCGUGCUGACGGCAGGGAUGUGGCUGACUAUCAGUCCUUCGCUGUCCUCACGCAGACCUCCCUGCUAUUUGCCGUCACCAUCCAGCUGGGUUUGGAGAUGUCGUACUGGACGGCGGUCAACACCAUCUUUGUCGUGGGCAGCCUGGUCAUGUACUUCGCCGUCACCUUCACCAUGUACAGCAACGGCCUGUUCCUUGUGCUGCCCUCAGCAUUCUCCUUCAUAGGCACAGCAAGGAACUCCUUGAGCCAGCCCAACGUCUGGUUGACCAUCGUGCUCACCUCCAUUUUGUGCAUCCUUCCUGUGGUCACCUAUCGCUUCUUGUCGAUCCUACUCCGCCCCACCAUCAACGACAAGGUAAUGUUCAAGGUCCGUCAGGCCAAAUCGUCGCCUCCCCCGCCCCCACGCCGCACCAGAAUCCGCCGCACCAGCUCCCGCCGUUCCGGCUACGCCUUCUCACACACGCAGGGCUACGGCGACCUUGUGACAUCGGGCCGCUUCCUGCGGCGACCCGCCCCACCCCGCUCCUCAGGUUUCGCCACCACAGGCUUCAGCCCCAUGGGGCGCUCGGCCGGGUACAGCCCGACUGGGCGCGCCCAGAAUGUCAGGGCCCAGGAGGUGGUGGCGACCUCGCUACAAAUGUACAGGACUAUCAGCGACGCCGCUCUUUGACCACUUGUGAGCUGAACACCAAAGAUAAGACAUUUAAGACUAAGGAAUCUCUUUUGUGGGAAAGGAAACAGGAAUAUCUAAAGAGGAUAGAGUGUCUUCAUGUUUACAAAAUGUUUCAAUUCUGGGAGUGCAAAUGUUAAGGGCAGGGAUGGGGAACCUACACGCGUACAAGACAUUUGGUCAAACGUUGUUGUUUUGUGGUGAGUCAUCACUCGUCACUGCCAUGCUCCGCCCAACUAAAGAUUUCUAUUUAGUGUCACUCAUCUGUCAAGUAUCGAUGGAUGAAAUUUGCUAGCAAUCAACAGCAUCUCAAGCACUUUGUCUUUGAAGGACCCCCUGGACUGGCCAAAAGUCCCUUGUAAUGGCAGUUUCAAACUAAAAUCACUGACUUCCUUUCUCUUUUCAGGCAUGGUUUCUUGAGACUUUUUUGAGGGUCUACUCAUGAUAGGCAUGUCUGCCAAAAUUUCUCAUUGCUAAGUGAAACUGACAUAUCUGGCCAAAUUUUCAAAGAUAAGUGUUUUUUUAUUUUUAGCAAUCAGACAAAAUCUCUUUGAAAGAGAAAAAUGGCUGAUAUGACCUUUAAAUGUCCACUACGGUCAUGUGCUCUUGAGACUUUUUUGGGUCUACUCAUGAUAGACAUGCCUGCUAAAUUUCAUGUUGCUAAAUGAAACUGGCUUCAGGGUCUGAAUUUUCAAAAUAUUUUGGUAGGACAAGUUUGACUAUAAAGGACCCCUCAAAAUGGUCAAAAAUGAACCUAAAAUGCGUGCUUCGUACCAAAAUGGCAGACUUUCUGUCUUUGCAGAUAUGGUUUCUUGCGACUUUUUGUGUGUCUACUUGUACACAUGCCUUACAAAUUCCAUGCGCCAAGUGAAACUUGAAAGGUUCCCCAGCCCUGCUUUUAGGGAAUGACACGAGCAAAACCGUGUUCCCUUACAAGCGUUUUAUACUUAUCUACAUAUGUUUGUAUGUACACGUAUGUACAUGGUGAAGAAGACUCUCCAAAACUAAAUGUUUUUAAACAAACUUUUUACAACCUCUCAUCAUAAUGGCUCAUAUCUCAUCUAUGCUUCAAUGGUUGAAAUUAUUCAUACAAAGAAUGUUUUUUUUUUUUUUUUUCAUCAUCACAAAGAGAAUUUUAUUGAGAAUUAGUGUCAUGUGUUUAGGGAUUUGUACCUAAAAUGACCACUUAAAAAAAUUCCAUUAGGGAUGGGCAUUUGAAAAUAAACCAUCUUCUUCUUUUCCUUUCGGCUUGUCCCUUUAGGGGUCGCCACAGCGCGUCAUCCUUUUCCAUGUAAGCCUAUCUCCUGCAUCCUCCUCUCGAACACCAACUGCCCUCAUGUCUUCCCUCACGACAUCCAUCAACCUUCUUUUUGGUCUUCCUCUAGCUCUCUUGCCUGGCAACUCCAUCCGCAUGAUCCUUCUACCAAUAUACUCACUAUUUCUCCUCUGGACGUGUCCAAACCAUCAAAGUCUCCUCUCUCUAACUUUGUCUCCAAAACAUCGAACCUUGGCUGUCCCUCUGAUGAGCUCAUUUCUAAUUUUAUCCAACCUGGUCACUCCGAGAGCAAACCUCAACAUCUUCAUUUCCGCCACCUCCAGCUCUGCUUCCUCUUGUCUUUUCAGUGCCACUGUCUCUAAUCCGUACAUUAUGGCUGGCCUCACCACUGUUUUAUAAACUUUGCCCUUCAUCCUAGCAGAGACUCUUGUCUCACAUAACAUCAUAUUUGUCACUGAAACUGCUAUUGACAAAGUCUGUUAGUUCCAGAAUUGGCCGCUGUUGUUUACUGACACGCUGGCACAAACGCAUGCAGAGAAUGGGAUUGACGUAUUUCCAGGUCACAUAUACAAUAUUGCUAGAUCCAAUUCCAUAAGACGUGCCUCCUGUGCCUGUUUGGCGGCCAUGUUAAAUGUGGCACAUUGACAUGGCAGCCAUGGUAACGAAUGUUAUAUCUAGUGUCUAUUGGGUAUAGAGCACUGCGCAGAGGGAGCGGCAUGGUGACUGUGUUAACUCUGUGGAAUAUAAAACAAGACUCUGGAACAUCCUAGUUUUAGUACAUUAACAGGUUUUUAAAAAAAAUUGUCAUGCCAUGCAUCUAUGGCAACGGAUUUGGAACUAGGAAGCACACUAUUACCUUGCGGCUCAUGAAAGCUACUCGCCUAUGAGUACUGUACGUCAACAAUGUCACCGUGACCAAGCACACUGGCGUAGUAAGUUUGGAUAAAAUGUAAAAAUUUUCUAACGUCAAGCUUUUUCAUAUUUACAAUAAAUUUGUACUGGGUGUUUUAAGGCCAUGGGGAAAAAAAUACAAAACAAUAAUUUUGUACUGUACAGUAAUAUGGGUGCAUCUGGCCACCAAAAAAACAUGCUUAAAUGUAACGGACAAUCUGUUAUAACGGACGACUCACCCCCCUCACCCUAUUAGUCCGUUAUAUCGAGGUUCCACUGUCCUGGAAAAUCAACAUGAAGCAACACUGCAAACACACAUGUACUGACUAUAACAUAUUCCUCAUCGACAUAUCAUAAAAUCAAGUAUGCAAUAGUCAUAAAAUAUUGCUUUAUAAUGACAUUUUUAAGUUUUAUCUGUGCCUUCCACUCACUACCCACAUAGCCGUGAUGAUAAUGUUAGAUUUUUGUAUCUGCAUUACUGUGUACUCCAUGAGCAAUAUUUGAUAAUGUAAUGUGUUUUAUGUCUUUUAUACCAAGAACUGCAAUAUAAUGAUGAUAAAUAAAUUUUUAAAAAGGUG